GACCGCCUCCAACAUUUAUAAUAACCGUUUUUUGUGUGCAUUUCUCCUUUUCCCUCUACUUGCCUGGCAGGAUUUUGUCCGUCACUUCCGCGUGCUGCUACCCGAGGGCACCAGUGCCACCCAGGAAGGCAUCGGACAGUACCUGGGCCAGGUGGACCUUGCACCCAAUGGAUACCAAGUUGGCAAAACCAUGGUGUUCCUGCGGGAGGUGGAGCGUCAGCAGCUGCAGGCGUUGCUCCACAGGGAGGUCCUGAACCGUAUCGUCACGCUGCAGCGCCGCUUCAGGGCCCUGCUGGAGAGGAAACACUUCAUCAGUAUGAGACUGGCUGCUACAACCAUCCAGAAAUGGUGGCGUGCCUACCAGUCCAAGCAGGAGGAUGACUACAACCCAAGCAUCGAGGAGGGGGCAGCCUUGUGUAUCCAGACAGCUUGGCGGGGGUACAAGGAGCGCUGGAGGUUCGGGCUGUGGCGGGAGGCGGCCCUGCUGCUGCAGAGGGAGUGGAGGGCGUUGCUGAAGCGGCGAGAACGGGAGGGGGCGGCACUCGCCAUCCAGACAGCCUGGCGCUGCCACAUGGCCAGAGAGGCCUACCUGCGACUGCGUAGCACCAUGGUGCUGCUACAGGCAGCGGGCAAAGGCUACCUGGCCAGACAAAGCUUCGGGCAUUUGAAGGAGCAGAGACUGAGGGAGAAAGAGCAGAGGCUGAGGGAGAGAGAGAGUCAACAACAGCAGCAGCUGCUGCAGAAUGGACAGAUGCGCCUCUCGCCAGAAGAAGACGAUCAGCCAGUGAGGAUCAUGGGCCUGGACCUGAGCACAUGGGAGGACCGCUCAUACAAGGAGCGGGAAAGGAGCAUCCAGAGACUGAACAGCCAGGAGGAGAGGGUAAAAGAGGGACGAGGUGUAGAAAUAGGAGGUGAGGGAGGAGUGGCGAGGGCCGCAGAGAGCUCAGGUAGGGCCCAGUCGGAACCACCGCCAGUUUCGUCGACAGCCACUGUGGUGGUGAGAGAGAGGACCAGGACCCUGGACGAACCCUGCCAGAAGACCACCAGGGCCAAGAGGGAGAGCCGGAGGAUGAGGGAGCUGGAGCAGGCCAAGUUCAGCCUGGAGCUGCUCAAGGUGCGGGCCACGGGCAGUGGUGGAGCCUCGUCCCCCUCUGAAGAGAGGCGCUGGUCGGCCGAGCUGACCCCCACCACCACCCCGCCUCGCCGCUCCCCCCAGGGACCCGGAACCCCCGACAGCCAGAGCUCCAAGGGCAGCUUCGAGCUACUCAGCAUGGAUGACGAGAUACUCAGGGAGAGGGCACCUUUGGCAGAUGAGGACGAGCUUGGUUCCCCCCUCUCUUCUGAAGUGCAGCUGGAGCAGGCCCCGGAUGUCAGCCUCGUGUCGAAGGAGUCUCCCAGGGCUUCUGUGUCCGAUGCCGCCGCCCCACCUCCAGACAGUCAGAGUCAGGCCAAGCUAGACCCGGCUGCCGCCUCUCCACCUCCGCCCAAGAUAGAGAACUACCUCCCUACCUUUUACGUUCCGUCAACUGAUGGCAGCUUGAUGAUCACCCAUCGUCUUAGCGAUGACUCCUCGCGGCCCCUCGAGGCCGAUACCACUAGUACCACCAUCGUCACCAAGCCGCUCAAGUCAAUCAAACAAAGGCGGGAAUCGUCACGGCGACCCGUGGUUGUGGUCAUCAGCAUGCAGAAGGAAACCCCCCUGGAUCAGGAGGAGCUCGAUGGUGCCAUCAUUCGUUUUCCGCCUGUAGAGGUUCGUGACGGAUCGGCACAAACCGGCGAAUCCCCUUCAUCGCCACGGCUACCAGUCCCUGCACCUGUUCCACCACUAGAUCCCGCCCCAGUCAUCCCUAUCUCUGGCCCCACCCCUGUCCCAGCUGCCAACCAGUUGGUCCUGGAGAAGCUGGAGCGACUGAACGAGGAAAAGGAGGAGAGGCAGCGGCACCUGCAGCAGCAGAACGAGCGGGAGAUGAUGGACCAGAUCCGGAAGCAGAAGGAGGUUCUGGAGAGACAGCGGCACCACUUCGCCCAGCACGAGAGGGAACUGUUGGAGAAGCAGAGGGGUGAGGCCCUGGUCAGGAUCCAGCAGAGCCGGCAGGGAGGGCCCCCCCAAGACAGGAGUGCAACCACAGCUACCUCUACCAGGCCCCUUAGACCCAGCUCCCUUCUCAUCGAGAGAGCCCCGGCUCUGGCUCCACCCUCCAGGACCCAGUCUGUGUCCGCUGCCCACGCAUACCUCUCUCCUCCUGGGCCGAUGGACACCCAGAGUGUCCCCAUGCCCCAUCCUGAGCCCAACAAGGCCCAGCCCAACAAGGCCCAGCCCAACAAGGCCCAGCCCAACCAGGCCCGGCUCCCUCCACCUCCCUCAGCCCCCAAAACAAAGACCGGGGAUGGGAGACCCAUUGCGGAUGGCUGGGCGCCGAAUUUGACCCUGGAGUCCAGAGAGGGCGGGGGAGGAGGAGCCAGAGGGAGGGUUCCCAAGAAGGUCCCAGCUAAUCAGGGCACCAGCAUCAGCAUGACUGACAUGUCGGAAAACAUCUUCUUUGCGCCCAAAGACAGAGUGGCGUUCUCUAAGUUUGACAAGGAGAAGCCUGUUAAUCAAGAGAAGCCUGUAGCAGUCCCAAAAGAGGGCCCCUCAAGCACCAAGCCCACCAUAGGACUGAAAACACAGGAGGUCAGCAGGGCGGGCCACAGAAAGAAAGCCCGCAUGGCACGGACACGCUCUGACUUUCUGACCCGCACGCCGACCUCCUCGCUGGGGUGCGAGUCGGAGGAGGACGAGUACGACGGAAAGCCCCCCCUCUCCUCCCCUCCCCCCUACGCCAAAACCAUCCCUAAACAGGAGUCCUUUGAGUGUUUCAGUGACUCAGAGAUGCCUUCCACCAGCUCUGAGGAACAGAAGAAGAUACAGAAGGCCAUGUCAUCUGGAGAUCUGGCCAAAGUUGACACGAUACGCAAGAACGCCCAGUCAGAUGGAAG